AUGUCCAAGCCGCUAAGUGAGGCGGACAUCAUAUUCCCGCACCUCUGCAAUACAUCAAGUCUAUCCAGCACCCUGUCCUCACUACGCCGGUCUUCGCUUUCAACACACAAUCGGCUCGCCUCAAUCUUAUUGGACAGUGUCUUUGUGGAAACAGUGGCAUCAGCCUAUGAGCUUCCUCUUGUAGCGAACGAGCGUUGCGGCAGCUGGUACAUUCCGCUUUCUCGAAAAUCUGGCUCCGUUUACUUUAAAAGUACCGACGGCCACAUGGGCGAAUGGAGCUUCAGCCUGCGCCGACUAAAUCUGCAAUUGCUCGAUGUAGUGGCGAAAUGGGGCGGGGCUGUGGUUGUGGACAGCACAAGAAGGGGGAAGAGCAUGCCAGAUGCGUUGAGCAAGACGAUUCCGAUAUGGUGCUGUGUGAUGAAUCGAGCAUUAUUUGGUGGAGAGAGGACAGGGGAAGCGAUGGAGCUCUUCACGCCGCCGCAAGCUGUGGGAGAGAGCGAGCAUGCACAGAUGCAAAAGAGAAUAGAUGGAUUCGUUCGACAGUUCUUGAACAUCUGCAAACCCAACAUUCCACUUCUCCGGAGUAAGCUCCAAAAGCCACUGCGUCCAAUCUGGGUAACACAGCAAUCUUCCCUUCCGGAAUCAUCACCCAAAUUCUCAGAUUUCCACCCAAUAGUUCUCUGCACAGCGUCGCGGCGUGUCCGUGGUGCCGAGGCAUCAGAGAAUGGAUACAUCCAGGGCGCUGCAGACGACCACGAAGCAUGGUCACACGGGCUUACGCCGCCAGUUUUUUGGAAACAUAAAGAUCUAUUAAUGAGCACGAGCGAAGAGGAUGCUACAGACGUCAUUUCAAAGCUCAUCAAGGAGCAGCGGAGCAGCUGUGCGACUGCAAGUCUGAUUCAGCCCACGUCACAACUAUAUAUCUCCUCGAGCGAUAACGUGCAAUUCUCAGGUUUCGAUGUCGUAGUCAGCUGCACGCCUGAGCCCCUCGCGCCAUCUGCACUCAAAGAAGCCGGUGUAAAACACUACCUUCAUCUCAAAUGUCAGUCCGGCAAACUGGGCUCCCGCGACCUCCGCACUCAGCUCGCUCAUCUUCCACCCUUCUUUGCUUCUCUUCCAGCCCCAUCAGCACAAGGUAACAUGUUCUUAUGCUGUCCAACGGGUAAAGAUCUCUCUGUCGGCGUCGCCCUAGCUAUUCUAUGUCUCUACACCACCGAAAGCGGCACAAUCGACACUAGCAGACGCAAAGAAGCACGGGAAAUGGGCAAGGCAUUGAUCAAGCAGCGCUUAAGCUGGGUCACCACGAGCAACGCAGCCCUCAAUCCCAGUCGUGCAACUCUGCAGAGCGUAAACGCAAUUAUUACCGCGAAUCUAACCAUCCUGGACUCUCGCACCCCUGAAAUAGCACGAGAAACGCCGUCUCAUCCUACUCAUCCUCCUGAUUCUCCUUCUUUUGACCCACAGCUUCCCAGAACAAUAUUCCAAAACUUCCAUAACACGGCGAGUCAAGCAUGGACCUUCUCCCGCGACCUUAGCUCCAUGCUAUCUACACAUCCCUCCGGUCGCGUAACAGGCACGGCAACAUUCACGCCAUGUGAUACUUCCACUGAGCCAUGCUCAGAUGCACCACGCAUGCUGCUAUACGGCGAGCAAGGCACCUUCGUCACGACGACGGGCCUGCAAUUCAGCGCGAGCCGAAAAUACGUGUAUCAACUCCAUGGAGCAGGCGCCUCGGCAGACGAGGAAGACGUCUUCAUCGCUGUGAAUUUCUUCGACGACGAAAAAAUGCGAUUAGAGGCGCGCGGGGAAACUGGUGUCGGGGCGCACGGCCAGGGCAUCGGCGGAUUGUUUGUUGAGAUGGGGAAGCUGGAGAAGGAUGGCGAGGGAGUGUACAGGGCGGGGAAUCGGGAGACGCAUCUUUGUGGCGAGGACUUGUAUGCUGCGCAGUGGGCGUUUGGAAGCGGUAUGGCGGUGCAAGGUCAGGCGGAUACGGAUGUGUGGUGGGAGGUGAGGUAUGAUGUCAAGGGGCCGCAGAAGGACUAUGUUAGUACGACGAGGUAUACGAAAAUGUAG